AUGGCAGAGGGCGGCCUCGACCCGGUCGGCCCCACCAACUCUAUGCAUGCCCAGUGGAAAAGUUUGGUCAGCGCUCGCCACAAGCUUCACCUGGACCGCCAUAAACGUAUCUUCCAGUGUGAAGACCUGCAGAAGGAAUGUAUGGGUCUCCUGCGUAUGGUUGAUUCGCGGUCUCUCCUUGUCAACGGUGCAGUCCCUAGUGCUACUGGUGCUGCUGUGGUUGCCUUGGGUGAAGCUUUGGAGAAGUGUGAAGACGAUAAGGUCGUUGGGAAGUUCGCUGACGUUGUUGUGGGCGGUACUGGAGCGGAUAUCUCGGACGACUUGCUUGGUGUGAUGCCUAAUGCCGGUUCUCGACUUAAGCCCAAGCAGUUGGAGAAGCUGGUGUCGCGGGCGUGCGCUACACUACCUGGCGCAGGAGCCGUUCGCUUCUUGGCCCGUGCUGAUGGGAUAUCAAUGAGGGUUUUGGCAAUGACGCUGCUACCGUUGAUAUCGGGUGAGGAGGCGGUGAAUGCCGUCCUCGCUGGUGAGGCCCUGUUCCAGCAGACCACAGACCUCAAGCUUGCUGACAGAGAGGUCGCUCGGAAGGCUGUAGUCAAUCCGCUAUGCAAAUUGUUGUCCGGCCAAGAACCACGUGAAGCGGCCCUAGACCUUGUCUGCUUAUCGAUCCUCGGCAACGUGUGCCAGAAGGCUGAUUUGGCGCUUGUGAAGCCGGUGGUCUUACGAGCUGCAGCUGAUAAGCAGCAGCUCUCGGCUGCCCUGCGUCUCUGUGGAGCAAUCAAUAGCAUAGAUUUACUGAGGGAAGCCCUUGGCCAGAUCAAGGCCCCUCUGGAGACUCCUCAAACAGAACAGUUGAAGACAAUCGUUAAGUCGAUGGUUUCUGAGGAAGGUAGCUCGGCUGCUGAGGUGCUGGACGCCUUGGUCUCGGCGCCACAGGAGUCGGCCCGCCUGCCUUACACGGUCAUCUGUGAGAUUGCUAGGAGCCUCGACGCUAAUGGUGCGGCUUUGGUGCUGCUGUUGGCGGCUGAUGCCCCACGUGGUGAUGUUGAGACUUGGAUCAGUGGUGAAGUUCUUCCAUUGAAUAUAGCAGCUAUGGUUCACGCGCUUGAGACGGCACGGGCCCUAUUCAAGGGCGAGGUCACCUUUGUUAGCACUGCUGCUGUCCAAUACCGUACAGUAUCUAUUAGAGUGGUCUCGGCCGUAGUGUUGACGUUGACCAACUUGGGAGUGCCAGAGGGAACGCCAGAACAAUACGCGUCCCUGCUGUUGGCCUUGCACAACGUUACAGGGGACGCUAAGAGCAAGAAGGCUGCUAAGAGCCGUUCUGUAGCUACGCAAGCUGCUGGUGCCCUUCUCAAGGCAUUAGAGGCUGAUCGCAUCAUAGCGACAUUGAUAGCUCUGGUGAAGAACCCUUCGAAGCAGCCAGCCUUGUUCACACAGAUGGCUGAUGCUAUUGAGGAGGGUGCUACUGGGUAG